AAAGCGCUAGACAUAAGCAAUGACACUGCGUAAAUUUCGUGAUUAUUCUGUGAAUGAUCUUUUCGCUUAUCAGUAAAUUAUUAAAAAUUUUAUACCAUAUCAUAGCAUACGUAUUUCUUUUUCCUGUGCUUCUCUGCAAAACAAGCUCACAAGCAACCGGAGAAACUAAUAGACGCAAGCCAGUGUCAGACCAAAGAAAGCGCAUCAAUAAUUUUCGUUCUCCUUCGUAAUAGCAGUAAGAGUUUGGUGCUUGUACAUAGCGGACGUUUCUUGAAACACGUAUCGAUCGGUUGUCAAUAUUAUUUAUAAGAAAGCAGAAAAUGAGGCUCAUUCCCGUCUUUAUAUUGCUGGUAGCGUUUUCUACCGCAUACGGAACAAUUUUCGGCGAUGGCGUCAAGUUCAUCAAAAAUCUUAAAAGUAAACUGCGGCGACGAAAUGUUUUUCAGUUCGAGCGGCAGCUGUCUCCGGUAAUUUUUGUACCCGGAGAUGGCGGCAAUCAAAUGGAUGCCAUCAUAAACAAACCGAGCAGCGUGCAUUUCUACUGUCAGAAAACCAGUGACACAUACUUCAAUCUGUGGCUUAACAAGGAGCUGUUGCUGCCCUUGGUUAUCGACUGCUGGAUCGACAAUAUGCGGCUGUACUACAAUAGUACCACAAGAAAAACACAAAAUUCCCCAGGUGUAGAAAUUCGCAUUCCCGGCUUCGGUUCGUCGGAAUCAGUCGAGUGGAUUGAUCCAUCCCACGCCACAGUAGGAGCGUAUUUCGUGAACAUUGGUAAUGCGCUGGUCCAAAACGGCUAUAAACGAGAUGUCUCCAUACGAGGAGCGCCGUACGAUUUUCGAAAGGCGCCAAACGAAAAUCAGGAUUGGUUCAUCAAACUGAAACAUCUGGUCGAGGAGACGUACACUCUGAACAAAAACAUGUCGAUUACGUUCAUUGUACACAGCAUGGGUGCCCCUAUGACGCUAUUGUUCCUACAAAUGCAAACUCAGGAAUGGAAAGAUCAAUAUAUCCGAAGGGUUAUUUCCCUUGCCGGAGCUUGGGGUGGUAGUGUGAAAACCAUAAAAUGCUUCGCAGUAGGUGAUGACCUGGGGGCGUUUGCCCUUAGCGGUAAGGUACUGCGCGAAGAGCAAAUUACCAGCCCAUCAUUGGCAUGGCUGUUACCCAGUCCAUUGAUCUGGAAGCCAAACGAAGUGAUGGUUCGGUCGUUAUCCAGAAAUUACACUAUGGACCAGCUGGAAGAUUUCUUCAAGGAUAUUGACUAUCCGGACGGCUGGGAAAUGCGGAAGGAUACUUUGUCUUACGUGUUGAACUUUACCGCCCCUGGAGUUGAAUUGCAUUGUCUGUACGGGACUGGCACAAAUACUGUUGAAAGUCUAAACUACGAAAAAUCGUUCGAUCUGAAUGGGAAGCCUACUCUGCUAUAUGGCGAUGGUGACGGAACAGUCAACCGACGCUCACUAGAGGCCUGCCAACACUGGAAAAAUCAGCAGAAACAACCGAUCUUUAUGCGUGAGUUUCCCGGAGCUGAUCAUAUGAAUAUCUUGGCCAAUUUAGGUGUGCUUGAUAGCAUUGUUAAAGUGUUGAUGUACAACUGAACAUUUGAAUGUUAGUUAAAUAUUGUCACCGUAAUCCAAAUAGAGAGUAUGAGACUUGCAGUUUUUGAUUCAAGAUUGCACUAGAAAAAUAAGCAAAUUGUUAGUGCUUUGUAAUUGCCUCUAUGAUAUUAUGUUACUUUUAAUAAAUUAGAUAAAUAUAA